CUGACCUGGGCCAGCUAACCAGCCCUGGGGGUACCACUAGCAGUGCCUCUGUCCUCCAUUCUUCCCCUUAGCCUGGCCACCUUCUGCCCUUAGCCUGCAUCAUGCCAUCUCCUCUACUCUCUUGUCCUUCCUUACUGCUAGGUUCCCUCCAUUUUCCUAGUCUCCUUGCACAUGGUGGGGAUGUGCCCCCUUCACAGCCAGGAGAGGGAGGCUUCAUGCAUGGCCACCUACCAGCCUGCUGCUGCAGUCCCCACCUCAAUCCCUCUCCCCUCACUUCUCCCCUAAACCAGAAUUGCUUAAAGUGUGUUAAUGUGUGUGCUUCUCAGCACCAUGGAGUUGGAGAAUAUCCCUCCAUCACCAUGCUGCUUCUGCUUCUCAUGCCUCAGAGACAGCUAGAACUGGAAUGAAGAGGAAAUUUCCUUCUAGACCAGAUAGUUUCCUCCCUUUAUCCAGAGGGGGAAGGUUUUAGUGUCCCCGAAUAAUUCAGGAUCCAUUGCAAGGUUCUCCUUUGAGGUUGGAGAAGUUGAGGAAAACCUUGGCUUUUGGCUUGGCUGUGGGGAAUUCCCUGGGCAGGAGUGAAGCUACUCAUGUUGAAAGCUGGAGCCCAGAACCCAGGUACCCAUCUAAGGUAUAGCUCCUAUUGGUGACCGUUGCUCUGGGAGGUGGAGUGGGUGGAGUUUAGUCCUCCACCCCCUUCCACGUCUGGAGCUUCAGGUGGACUUUAGCCAAGAAGGGCUGGGAAGGGUGCCUCAGCCAGAGGCGGUAGCACCUGGCUUUGGACUCCACCAUUGGCCCAGAGAAGUCCUGACCUCAGAUUGGGAGACCGGUGAGUGGAGGCUUCACCGGGGAGCUCCUGUUGAACUCUCUUCUCCCUCCCAGCUCAGAAAGGAGAAGGGGGUCUAGAGAUCACAGGAAAGCCCAUCUCUCAGUGCUCUGUGGUGCACCCUACAGGGAACUCUCUAGACAGACUCUGGAGGCAGUGCAGUAUUGGGUAGGCUGCACCAUGAAGACCUGAAACCUGAGUGGAUUCUGUUCCCCUUGGGCUGGCAGGGACUACUGGCAUGAGGAGAGAACAUUGGUCUAAUGUCAAGUGCUGGUUGUGAUCUGGGGGAUUCUUUUGGACCUCCCUUAUUGAGACGGGUUUGAUCCAUGCAGUCAUCAUCAACCAUCUUCAGCUGCCUCGUCCCUUUCAAGUGUUUUCUUGGAUGAUACGCCAGUGGGUGAAUUUGAGAUCUUUGCUCAGGUUUGGAGCCAGGAGCUGUUGGCUAGAGGAAGUGGAGGGGCCGUGGGAUGCAGAGAGCCGAGGGCUAACUCCUGGACAGCGGAACAGAGGGAGCUGCCGACAAACAGACGCAGGUUGAGGAGCCCUUACUUCCCAGAAUGACCAGUGCAGCCCCAGCUAAGAAACCCUACCGCAAGGCACCACCCGAACAUCGGGAGCUGCGGCUGGAAGCCCCUGGAUCCCGGCUGGAGCAGGAGGAGUCCCUGACUGAUGCAGACAGGAUGAAGCUCCUGCAGCAGGAGAAUGAGGAGCUUCGCCGGCGCCUGGCCUCAGCCACCAGGCGCACCGAGGCCCUGGAGCGUGAGCUGGAAAUCGGGCAGGACUGCCUGGAGCUGGAGCUGGGCCAGAGCCGUGAGGAGCUGGACAAGUUUAAGGAUAAGUUCCGCAGGCUGCAGAACAGCUACACCGCCUCUCAGCGGACCAACCAGGAGUUGGAGGACAAGCUGCACACACUGGCCUCUCUCAGCCACAGCUGGAUUUUUGCAAUCAAGCAGGCUGAGAUAGAUAAGAAGACACUGGACUGGGAGAUCGUGGAGCUGACCAACAAGCUACUGGAUGCCAAGAACACCAUCAACAAGCUGGAGGAACUCAAUGAGCGGUACCGGCUGGACUGUAACCUGGCUGUGCAGCUGCUCAAGUGCAACAAGUCCCACUUCCGAAACCACAAGUUCGCUGAUCUGCCCUGUGAGCUACAGGACCUGGUUCGGAAGCAUCUGCACAGUGAUCAAGAGGCCGCCAGUCCGAGCCCUGCCCCCAGCCUGGCCCCAGGGGCCGUGGUGCCCACCUCUGUCAUUGCCCGCGUGUUGGAGAAGCCAGAGUCUCUGCUGCUCAACUCGGCCCAGUCGGGCAGUGCCAGGCAUCACUUGGCUGAGGACGUCUUUGUGCAUGUGGACAUGAGUGGGAAUGCCCCGGGUGACCCAGCCAGUACCCUAGCCCCUGACAGCCCUGCCCCCCAGCCCAAUGGGGAGUGUGGCUCUCUGGGCCCUGCUGGGGGCUCCCCAGAGGAGGAGCUGCCCCUGCCGGCCUUUGAAAAGUUGAGUCCCUAUCCUACCCCGUCCCCACCGCACCCGCUGUAUCCUGGUCGCAAGGUAAUAGAGUUCUCUGAGGAUAAGGUGCGGAUCCCCCGUAACAGCCCCCUGCCCAACUGCACUUACGCCACCCGGCAGGCCAUUUCCCUGAGCCUGGUGGAGGAGGGGAGUGAGCGGGCCCGCCCCAGCCCAGUCCCCGGCAGCCCUGUCUCAGUCCAGGCCUCACCCCACCAUCGAGCCAGCCCAUCCGCCCCAGUACUCAGUGCCCCAGCCAGCUCAGCUAGCUCUGAGGAGGACCUGCUGGCCAGCUGGCAGCGGGCAUUUGUGGACCGCACGCCACCACCUGCCGCUGUGACCCAGCGUACUGCCUUUGGACGUGAUGCGCUCCCUGAGCUGCAGCGCCAUUUUGCCCUUAGCCCCACUGACAGAGAUGCUGAGCUUCAGGCACCUUCUUCCCCACCUGGUGAGCAUGGGCUUUUGCUGCCAACAGAACCUGAUUCUGGCUUUCCCAGGGAGGAGGAAGAGGAAGAGCUGAACCUGCCCAUCAGCCCUGAGGAGGAGCGCCAGAGCCUGCUACCCAGUGAUAGUGGCACAGAGGAGAGGCCUGCCACUUCCCACACCGAAGGCAGGGCCUGGCCACUCCCCAGCUCCAGCCGCCCCCAGCGCAGCCCCAAGAGGAUGGGGGUUCACCACCUACACCGCAAGGAUAGCCUGACCCAGGCCCAGGAGCAGGGCAACCUGCUGAAUUAG